AUGAUUGGGGAACAAUUAAAAACUACCGAAAAAGAUAUCAUUGAAUAUGAUACACCUAAUAUAAAAAAACAAGAAUAUUUGAGAAUUGAAGAAAUUAAAGAUAUGAGAAUUUUUGUUGAAAGUGAUAGUAAUAAAAAUUUAACAGACAAAUAUAUUCAGUUAGAAGAUAAAAUUAAUGGCCAAAUAUACGAGUUAUUCAAUAAUAAUGUUUUUAUAGCUCUUUUAGAGAAAUACGAUGUUAAUGACGAAAAAGAAACAUUGAAGAUUUUAAAUAAUGAACUUAUAAAUAAUGAGAUUCAGAAAGAAAACUAUAAAAAAUUACUAGAAAUUAAAAAAAAUUAUAAUGAAUUAACACAAUUAUUUAAUGAAUUAAAUCGUAAUGAGGUCAAUAAAAAUAUACUUUUUGAAAGAAUCAAACAAAAUGAUAAGAAAUUAUUGGAUUCAAGUUUAUUGAAUAAUCACUUAAUUAGUUCUGAUAAUGAUGCUGGAAUAUUUAAAAGCAAUGAUUAUUUAAAAUUGCUGUUAUUAGAUUUAAGAAUAUUAAAAAAAGGUGUUAAUUUAAACAAUGACAUGUUAUUAGAAAGAGAAAUGAUUACUGAUAUGCUUAAUAGAAAUAGAGUCCAUUUUUUUAGCAUCAGAAUGAAUGAUUUAUUAAAAAGACAUAUAGAAGAUGUUGAUAUACUUAAUAAAAAGGAUGAAGAUUCUUUUUAUUUGGAAUCUGUGUUAAGAAAGAAGGUGAAUCUUAUACAUUUAGAGAAUAUACAAUUAAAAGAACAGAUUAAUAGAGAUAUGUUAUUAAUUAGUAAAAAAGAUCAAGAAAUCAGCAAACUAAGUUUUACUUUGUUCUCAUUGCAAGAUCAGUUAGAUAACUCAAUUAAUAAUCUUAGAAUGAAGCUAAAAAGCAAAUAUGGCAAUUUUAUUCAUUUACAUAAAGAUAACACAUUUGAUAGAAUUGAUAGUGGUGAAUCAUUCCAUCAAAAUAGUACAGUAAACAAUCAAAGUCAUAUUAGUCCAUCAACUCUUAGAAAACUAUCCGAAGAUAGUCAGGUAUUAUUCAUUAAUAAAGAAAUUGACAAUCAACAAAAUAAUUCAAAUAUGCAUGCACAUAUUAGGCGCCAUGACUAUAAUAUUAAUAAUUCUAUAUUGAAAAGUGGUGCAAAAUUACUCAGAAUAAACAAUGACCAGACCGAAGUUCCAAAGAAUUCAGUAAUUUCUGAUAUAGAAAAAAAGUUUUGUGAGCUAAGAUCGUCUAUUCCUUCAAAAUUAAAUAUACUUUCUCAAUGCAAACAUGUCAGAAGUGCAAUAUCAACUCCAAGAGACUCAGUGGAACAAAUUAACAGUAGUAAUCUGAUUAACACUCCAGUAAAUAAAGAACAUGAAUUAAUUGAAAAUUCUGAAAUUAGAACUCAUCAUGAAUCCGGAUUUAAUGAACAGGCAGAUGAUAAAGAUCUAGAUAUUACACAAAAACAUAGUAAAAACUAUAAAGAUGAAGAAGAUCAUAGAAAACCACAGGAAGUUAUUGAAACAGUAAAUAACAUCAUUGACGAUACAGAAAAAAUAAUGUGUAACGAUGGGAUAAAUAUUAGUGAUGAUUGCCAUAAGAAUGAGUCUAUUAAUAAUAAGAAUGAAUCAGAAACAGGAAAGAUUAAGAAAACUAAUAUUAGACAAAAUUUAUCAUUGCAAAAUUAUAAAAUAACCGAUAAAAAAACAAACAAAAUUGUAGCAGGUCAAAAAAAUGUUCAAGAAAAUGAAAGAUUAAAUGGAAAAAUUUUACCCAAGUCUAGUAAUACAGAUUUGAAAAUCUCCAGAACAAAUUCAAAAGAGCAUGUUAAAGCAUUGAAUGAUGAACUAAGUAGUUUUUCCAAGCCAACAGCUGCUAGUUUAUCAAAGAAAAGAACAAAAUCUAAAGAAGGAGUUCUUGAUGAUUAUAAUAAUUCAAUUUCAAAUAACAUGUUUAGGACCAACUCAAAAACAAAUCUGGUUUCAGUUAGUCAUUUAAAAGGAGGUAUCUUUGAUGAUUCUUAUGUUCAUAACGAGUCAAUUAUAUCAGCUAAUAUUCUUAGUAAGAGAAAUCUAAGAAAAGCCAAUAGUGAUUUGGACAACAUUGUUCCUAAAACAAAAACAAAUUUAGUAUAUAACUCAACUUUUAAUAUCAGUAACAAAGAUAGUACUGUAGAUAAAUAUUUAAAUAAUGAAAAGUAUGGUCGUUCCAAUACAAUUGAGUUAAAUGAUCGGUCCAAUUAUCCAACUGAGAUACCAAUUGUAAAGGCUUAUAAAGCAACCAUUCAAUCAAUUAAAUCCAUCAAUGAUUUUCAAAUAAACGAUCAAAAAAGCAAAAGCCCCAAUAUAAACAACAACGGUGAUAUCAAUAAUGACAAAGGAGGCUCCUACUUAAUAUAUUCCCCUGAAAUCAAACCUUUAGAUUUACAACCUAUUAACUAUAAGGAAACUAAUCAUUUAAACUCAAGUGAUACAAAUUUAUUUAAAAGCAACUCCACACCUCUACUGAAUAAUACCAGUAAUAACAGCAACAUUCAAUACUACCCAUUCAAUUUACUUAACAGUAAAAGUAGUAGCAGCCACUUUAGUCAUUUAAACUCGACUCAAAACACAACGAACACUACAUUUUCAAACAGCAAUAAUAAUUUAGGGGGAAGUGCAAAUACAAAUAACCUUCAAUAUAUUGCUCCAAUUCCUACUCCUAUUACCAUUGAUGCUGCUCAACAAAAGAUUUUAUUUCCAAAUAAUUUCCAUACAUUAUACAAAUAG